CCCCAGUACACACGUUCGUCACCACGAAUCACUCCCUCGCCUCCCCGGGGCACCCGCACUCCGAAGCCCGAGAGCCAACGCGCGAUCCGCCAACCCUCGCAGGCGGGAAAAUGGCGGAAGGUGCAGGAUAGCGGCUGGCCGCGCGGAGGUGGGUUUCUGUGCUCGUGCUGGUCGCAGCAGCAGCAGACGCGCCCUGGACAUGCAGAAUGAGGCCAACCAGUUGGUGGACCUGUACAUGCCAUGGAAAUGCUCCCUCAGCAACAGGAUCAUGGGCGCCGAGGACCACGCAUCCAUCCAGACGAACAUGGCGGACUUCGAGAAGGUAACAGGCAGGUUCAACGGCCAGUUUAAAACCUGUGCUAUCUGUGGGGCCACUUGCAGGAUGGGUGAGUCAGAUGACUCCAUCCUCCGACUGGCCAAGGCCAACGGCAUCAUUUCAAAGAACUUCUGACUGGAGAGGAUGACG